AGGGGGGGUCUCUGUCUUUGGGGGGGUGGGGGGUGGGGAGGGAGGGGGGACAGGGGGCCGCGGGCGCCGCCGACUGGGACCCAGGAGCCCCGCCGGUCAGCUGCCUGUGAUGCUGCGGCUCCCUGUGGCCCCGCGGCCCCACGAUGCCCCGAAGCCCCGCGUCCAGCGAGGAGGAGCGCCGCAGCGUGAGCGAGUGCCCCGAGGGAGGCUCCGAGUCGGACAGCUCCCGGGACGGCCCGGGGAGGGGACCCAAAGGGGCCCGGGGCCGGGCUGGGGGGGCCGGCAUUAGCCUGGCCUCCGCCCGCCGCCUGCAGGGACGCUCCAUGUCCGUGCCCGACGACGCCCACUUCAGUAUGAUGGUCUUCCGGAUUGGGAUCCCCGAUCUGCACCAGACCAAAUGUCUGCGCUUCAAUCCGGACGCCACCAUCUGGGCCGCCAAGCAGCAGGUCCUGUGCGCCCUGAGCGAGAGCCUCCAGGACGUGCUCAACUACGGGCUGUUCCAGCCGGCCUCCUCCGGCCGGGACGCCAACUUCCUGGAGGAGGAGCGCCUGCUCCGAGAGUACCCCCAGUCCUUUGAGAAGGGCGUGCCCUACCUCGAGUUCCGAUACAAGACCCGGGUUUACAAGCAGACCAAUCUGGAUGAGAAGCAACUAGCAAAACUCCAUACCAAGACCGGGCUGAAGAAGUUUCUGGAGUAUGUACAGCUCGGCACAUCCGACAAGGUGGCGAGGCUGUUGGACAAGGGGCUGGACCCCAAUUAUCAUGACUCUGACUCAGGAGAGACGCCUCUGACGCUGGCGGCCCAGAUCGAGGGCUCGGUGGACGUGAUCCGCACGCUGUGCUUGGGCGGGGCCCACAUCGACUUCCGGGCCCGGGAUGGGAUGACGGCGCUGCACAAGGCUGUGUGUGCCCGGCACUGCAUGGCGCUCACGGCUCUGCUGGACCUCGGGGGAUCCCCCAACUACAAGGACCGCCGGGGGCUCACUCCCUUGUUCCACACGGCCAUGGUGGGUGGAGACCCUCGAUGCUGUGAGCUGCUGCUCUACAACCGGGCCCAGCUGGGCAUUGCUGAUGAGAACGGCUGGCAGGAGAUCCACCAGGCCUGCCAGAGAGGUAACUCCCAACACCUGGAACACCUGCUGUUUUAUGGGGCCGAGCCAGGUGCCCAGAAUGCGUCAGGGAACACAGCCUUGCACAUCUGUGCCCUCUACAACAAGGAGACGUGCGCCCGAAUACUCCUCUACCGGGGGGCCAACAAGGAGGUGAAGAACAACAACGGACAGACACCUUUCCAGGUGGCUGUAAUAGCCGGCAACUUUGAGCUGGGGGAGCUGAUCCGAAACCACCGAGACCAGGAUGUGGUCCCCUUCCAGGAGUCCCCCAAGUAUGCAGCCCGUCGGAGGGGGGGUCCACCAAGCACAGGGUUGACUGUGCCCCCGAUGCUGCUCCGUGCUAACAGCGACACCAGCAUGGCACUGCCCGAUUGGAUGGUGUUUUCACCCUCUGGGCCCCCUGGCCCUGGCCCUGGCCCCGCCCCAGCGGCCCCAGCUCCGACAACCCCCUCUACCCCAGGCACCAAACUCAGCAGCGGCACUCUUCGUAGUGCCAGCAGCCCUCGGGGUGCCCGAGCCCGCUCCCCUUCCCGAGGGAGGCACCCAGAGGAAGCAAGGAGGCAACCCCGGGGACGGCCCAGCUCCAGUGGGACACCCAGAGAGGGGCCAUCUGGGGGCACAGGGGGAUCCGGGGGCCCUGGGGGCUCCCUGGGAAGCCGGGGACGGCGACGGAAGCUCUACACGGCAGUACCGGGACGCUCCUUCAUGGCCGUGAAGCCAUACCAGGCCCAGGGCGAGGGGGAGAUCUCCUUGAGCAAGGGAGAGAAGAUCAAAGUGCUCAGCAUCGGGGAAGGAGGCUUCUGGGAAGGUCAGGUUAAAGGUCGAGUUGGCUGGUUCCCCUCCGAGUGCCUAGAGGAGGUGGCCAAUCGCUCCCAGGAGGGAAAGCAAGAAAGUCGAAGUGACAAAGCCAAAAGGCUCUUCCGACAUUACACCGUGGGCUCUUAUGACAGCUUUGACGCCCCCAGUGACUACAUCAUUAAGGAGAAGACAGUCCUGCUACAGAAGAAGGACAGUGAGGGGUUCGGUUUUGUGCUGCGGGGGGCCAAGGCGCAGACCCCCAUCGAGGAGUUCACUCCCACUCCAGCGUUCCCUGCCCUUCAGUACCUUGAAUCUGUGGACGAGGGCGGAGUGGCUUGGAGAGCAGGACUUCGGAUGGGGGACUUCCUCAUCGAGGUGAACGGACAGAAUGUUGUCAAGGUUGGGCAUCGGCAAGUGGUCAAUAUGAUCCGCCAGGGUGGCAACACCCUGAUGGUGAAGGUGGUGAUGGUCACCCGGCACCCGGACAUGGACGAGGCUGUCCACAAGAAAGUGCCCCAGCAGGCUAAGCGUCUCCCACCCCCCGCCAUCUCGCUGCGGUCUAAGUCCAUGACUUCGGAGCUGGAGGAGAUGGUCUCCCCCUGGAAGAAGAAGAGUGAUUAUGAGCAGGCUCCGAUGCCCAGCGUGGAGAAGAAGAGGACGGUCUAUCAAAUGGCCCUGAACAAACUAGAUGAGAUACUGGCAGCUGCCCAGCAGACCAUCAGUGCGAGCGAGGGACCCGGGCCGGGUGGCCUUCCUUCUCUGGGCAAACACCGAGCCAAGGGCUUCUUCGCCACCGAGUCCAGCUUUGAUCCCCAUCACCGAUCCCAGCCUAGUUACGAACGGCCAUCUUACCUGCCCCCCGGACCUGGUCUCAUGCUUCGACAGAAGUCCAUUGGGGCCGCUGAGGAUGACAGGCCGUACCUGACGCCCCCAGCUAUGAAGUUCAGCCGAAGUCUGUCGGUCCCGGGCUCGGAAGAUAUUCCCCCACCCCCGACGACGUCCCCGCCUGAGCCCCCUUACAGCACCCCGCCAGCCCCGUCCUCCUCUUCCGGCCGACUCACUCCUUCCCCCCGGGCUGGGCCAUUCAACCCAGGGAGCGGAGGCCCUCUGCCUUCCUCCUCCCCCGCCUCUUUCGAUGGGCCCACCCUCCCCGACUCCCGGCCUUCGGGCCGAGAUAAGGGUCUCUACCACGCAGGGCCGGGAGUUCUGCCUCCAGCCCACCACCAUCCCCCGCACCAUCACCACCACCAUGCCCCGCCCCCGCAACCCCACCACCACCACGCUCACCCGCCGCACCCCCCCGAGAUGGAGACCGGGGGCUCCCCGGACGAUCCCCCGCCUCGCCUGGCCCUGGGCCCCCAGCCCAGCCUUCGGGGCUGGCGGGGCGGUGGCCCGAGUCCGUCUCCCGGGGGCCCCGGUCCCUCCCCCUCGCACCACGCCGCCGGCGCCGGCGGCGGCGGCGGCGGCUCAUCCCCCGCGCCGGCCCUGCGCUAUUUCCAGCUCCCGCCCAGGGCGGCCAGCGCAGCCAUGUACGUCCCCGCCCGCUCGGGCCGGGGUCGCAAAGGCCCCCUGGUCAAGCAGACCAAGGUGGAAGGGGAGCCCCAGAAGGUCAGCCCCGGGGCGGGCCCAGCCCCGGCGCCCCCGUCGCCAGCAGCCCCGCAGCAGGCGGCCGAGAAGAAUUCCAUCCCCAUCCCCACCAUCAUCAUCAAAGCCCCGUCCACCAGCAGCAGCGGGCGCAGCAGUCAGGGCAGCAGCACGGAGGCCGAGCCCCCGGCCCCGGCCGACGCCGGUCCCUCUCCCGCCUCCCCGGUGCCGGCCCCAUCCCCGGGGCCCCCGUCAUCUCCUCUGCCCGCUCCGCCCUCGCCCAGCGGCCCCGCCACCCUGGACUUCACCAGCCAGUUCGGGGCUGCCCUGGUGGGGGCGGCCCGGCGGGAGGGGGGCUGGCAGAACGAGGCCCGCCGGCGGUCCACCCUCUUCUUGUCCACCGACGCCGGGGACGAGGACGGCGGGGAGGCCGGCCUGGGCGGCUCGGCUCCGCCGGGGCCGCGUCUCCGGCACUCCAAAUCCAUAGACGAGGGCAUGUUCUCCGCCGAGCCCUACCUGCGCCUGGAGGCGGGCGGUGGCAGUGCCUACGGAGCCUACGGGCCCGGCCGAGCCUACGGCGGCGGCGGCGGCGGCGGCGGCGGCAGCGGGGUCAGUGCCUUCACCAGCUUCUUGCCCCCGCGCCCACUAGUCCAUCCGCUCACCGGCAAGGCUCUGGACCCCGCGUCGCCCCUCGGGCUGGCUCUGGCAGCCCGAGAGCGGGCGCUGAAGGAGUCCUCCGAGGGCGGUAGCGGCCUUCCGCAGCCCCCUCCUCGGCCCCCGUCGCCCCGCUAUGAGGCCCCCCUCCCCCCACCUCCGCAUCCCCACCACGCGCACCCCCUACCCCACCACGAGCCAGUGCUGCGCCUCUGGGGCGCCCCGCCCCCCGAGCCAGGGCGGAGAGAGCUAGGCUACCGGCCUGGGCUCGGGAGCCAGGAGAAGCCCCUGCCCGCGAGUCCCCCGGCGGCGCGCCGCUCCCUCCUGCACCGCCUCCCUCCAGGCCCCCCGGGGGUGGGACCCCUGCUGCUCCAGCUGGGGCCCGAGCCCAGCCCGCUCCCACCUGCGGCCAAGAGCUGGCGGGGAGGCGGCGGCCCCGACGACUCGGAGCGCCUCCCCCUGCACGUGCGCUUCCUGGAGAACUGUGAGCCCCGGGGAGGCGGGCGGGGGGUGCCCUCUGAGGACGCGGCCCCGGGGCCCCCGCAGGCCUCCGCCUCGUCCCCCCGGAGCCGGGAGGAGAACGGGCUGCCCCUGCUAGUCCUGCCCCCGCCCGCCCCGUCAGUGGACGUGGAGGAUGGCGAGUUUCUCUUUGCGGAACCACUGCCCCCGCCCCUGGAGUUCUCCAACAGCUUUGAGAAGCCCGAGUCCCCGCUGACGCCCGGCCCUCCGCCCCCGCUGCCCGACCCGCCUUCCGUAGCCACUGCCACCGCUCCGGCCCCGGCCCCAGGCCCUCCCCCCGCGGCGGCCUCCGGCCCGGCACUGGAUUCUACCGCGUCCAGCCUGACGUCCUACGACAGCGAAGUGGCCACGCUGACCCAAGGAGCCGCCCCCGGCCCAGGCGACCCCCCUGUUCCCGGGCCCCAAGUUCCCGCGGCGCCCGCGCCCGCGGCCCCCGCGGCCCCCGGCCCGGGCUCAGGUCCUGACCCGCCGCCUGGCACCGACUCGGGCAUCGAGGAGGUGGACAGCCGGAGCAGCAGUGACCACCCUCUGGAGACCAUCAGCAGCGCGUCCACACUGAGCAGCUUGUCGGCCGAAGGCGGCGGCGGCGGGGGAGGCGGCGGCGGCGGGGGCGGCGGCGGCGGCGGCGGGGGCGGCCCCGAGCUCCUGGACACCUACGUGGCUUACCUGGACGGCCAGGCUUUCGGGGGAGGGGGCGGGGUCGGCCCGCCCUACCCCCCGCAGCUGAUGACGCCGUCCAAGCUGCGGGGCCGGGCCCUGCGACCCGGCCCGGGCGGGGGCCUCCGGGAUCCGGCCACCCCCACCAGCCCCACGGUGUCCGUGGCGGGCGCAGACGGCCUGCUGGCCCUGAGCGGCUGCGGAGGCCCCCAGCCGCCGGGCUCCUCCGACGCCGACGGGGCGCCAGGUCCCUCGGGAGCGACGUCCCUGCCCCGAAAGCUGCUCCCCUGGGAGGAAGGGCCAGGCCCGCCCCCACCUCCCUUGCCCCCGCUGCCCGGACCCCUGUCCCAACCACCGCCCUCGGCCUUGGCCACGGUCAAGGCGAGCAUCAUCAGUGAGCUGAGCUCCAAGCUGCAGCAGUUUGGGGGCGCCGCGGCCGGCGGGGCCUUGCCCUGGGCCCGAGGAGGCAGUGGGGGAGGUGGAGACAACCACGGAGGCCCCAGCUAUGACCGCACUGCCUCCCUGCAACGGCAAAGGCUGGCGGAUGAUCCCCCGUCCUCGCUUCUCUCCAAACCCGUCAGCAGCUUAUUCCAGAACUGGCCCAAGCCGCCGCUGCCACCGCUCCCCUCAGGGUCUGGGGUGACCCCGGCAUCUGGGGGAACCGGCGCUGGGUCGCCCUCGCCGUCCUCAUCUUCAUCCAGCCGCCACCUGCAGGGCGUGGACUUUGAAAUGCGCCCCCCUCUCCUCCGACGCGCCCCCAGCCCUUCCUUGCUGCCCCCCUCGGACCACAAAGUCAGCCCGGCUCCCCGGCCCUCUUCUCUGCCCAUCCUGCCCUCCGGGCCCCUGUAUCCCGGCCUCUUCGACCUCCGAGGCUCGCCCACCGGAGGGGCUGGGGGCGCCUCGGACCCCUUCGCUCCCGUCUUCGUGCCCCCCCACGCGGGGAUGGCGGGGAGCCUGGGCGGGGCGUUGGCCGGGGCCUCCCGCUCGCUGUCGCCCACCCGCCUGCUCUCCUUGCCCCCGGACAAGCCGUUUGGGGCCAAGCCGCUGGGCUUCUGGACCAAGUUUGACGUGGCCGAUUGGCUGGAGUGGCUGGGCCUGGCGGAGCACCGAGCUCGCUUCCUGGACCACGAGAUCGACGGCUCCCACCUGCCCGCCCUGACCAAGGAGGACUACGUGGACCUAGGCGUCACGCGGGUGGGGCACCGAAUGAACAUUGACCGUGCUCUCAAGUUCUUCCUGGAGAGGUGAUGGCCGGCCCACCGAGGACCCUCGGGGAGGGCUCUCGCUCCCGGCCCCGCCCCUCCGGAAUGCUGGCCAAAUGUCACGUGACGCUCCCCUUGCCCUCCCCCUCUCGCCCCCACCCGGGCCGCCCCCUCGCUUCCCACUUGCUCAAGCGGCCGCCGACAGUCAUCGCACUGGACACGCGCACCUCAGAGGAGGGGCAGCUGGGACUGGACAGUGUUGCCACAGUGUUGGGCGAAGGAGGGGGAGAAACGAGUGGGAGACGCGUGACCCGCUCCCUCCCGGGGAGAUGGCUGAAGCUGGCGGGGGGGGGACUGGAGGGACAAGCGAAAGGAGGGAAGAUGUACCCCGACCUCCCCCUCUCCAGGUCCCUGGGAGAGGAGGGAAGAAUAGCAGAGCCAUAGACGGGGAGCCCCGAGGCUAAUCGGAGGAGGGGGGCUCCCUGGGCAGCAGGGGAAGGGGGCGAAACAGGGGUCCCCAAUCCCCUCCCCAAGCCCUCGCCUGCCCUCCCCGCCCCCACCCGAGCUCCCAAUUCUCUUCUGCCUUCUCUCCCUCCCCAACUAUCCUGCCUCCUGGCCUCUUGCACGCUCCUUUGCACGCCCGCUCGCCUAUACGCCCCCCCUUCCCUGGGCUGCUAUUUUGCACAGAUUUGCGCUGUCUCAUGCUUUCUUGCACACUCCCCAAGGCGGUGCUUGCAGGUCCCUUCAAGCUGUUGCGACCCGGCUCUCUUGCACGCUCACUCUUUUCUUCCCGUCUUCUACUGGCUCCCAUCGUUGUCCCCGGGGACCUUGUGCGCUGCCCGCUGCUCCUCCCCGCCGUCGCCUGCACGCUCGCCCUCCCUCGUGCUCAGGAUCCCUGCUCCUUUUGGGUUGCCCUUCCAUUUGGCUCUUCCUUCAGGGUCCUCUCCGGUACCAACUGGCUCAUCCCCCGUUCCCGGCCGCCUUUCUCUCCUCACGCUCGCACACCUCCGUGCACACCGCCACCUCCCGUCCCCCAGCCCACACUCAUACACGUGCUCUGUGGCACACGCACUCAUUUUCACGGAUUGCUCCUCUCCCCUUCCCCCCCCCCCUUCGGGCCCAGCUCCUCCUCUGCACUUGCUCAAUUACUUUUCAUAACCCUCACACACACCCGUUCCGGUUCCUCCUCUCCUCACAUUCUCCUCUUCCUCUUCUGUCCUGCUUUCCUUGCACACUUACGUCUGUUCCGAACCUUCCCUACACUGCCCCACUUUGUGAGCCGUUCCCUUCCUCGCUCUUCCUAUUGCUGGCUCCUCUUGCCCUUUUCUCCCUUUUUCUUGCACGCCCUGCUUACCCAUUCGUCUUCUGCCUCUUCCUGCACGUCUUUGCUCUUCCUAACCUGAACUCUUGAGAUUUUUUCUCCUUUAGUUUCUUGCACACUCAAUCUGUGCUCUCCUUUUGAUAUGGUUUCUGCUUGCACUCCUUUUAAAACGUCUGCCUCUUUUGCACACUUACUUCCCACUCUGUGUCCCGGGCACUCCGCUUUCACUUCCUCACACAGCUCCAGCACAUGCCCUUUUCUCCCCGAGUUCGUUUCCCUCACACUUCUGUUUCUGCUCUUUGCACACUCACCUUUUAGUCCCCCCUCUUUCCACACUUCCUUCUCUCCCAGUGACCCUUCGCAAGUUCCCCUUGCCCCCUACCCUUGCCUGUUUCUCCUGUUCCUGUUCUUGCACGCUCAUUGGAGCUUCUCCUCACUUGUAGACUCUGGAGCCCCUGCAGCCCUUCUCUCGGACACUCUCCCUUUCUUCCUGCUCUUUUGGCAUGCUUGCUCUCCUCUACGUUCACUCUCCUUGCACACCUGCCUUUUCUCAGAUAGUUCCACUUCUUGGAUCUCCACUUGGCUGAUUCUUCCUAGUUCAGCCUCUCACGUUCCCUUGCUUUCUCCGUCUCUUGCAUGAUUGUUUCUCUUCCCUCGCCUACCCCCCCCCCCUUCCUAGCAUGGCUUUCCCUUUUUCUGCCCCCCCUUACCCACACUUCCUUCCCAAUAACAGUUCCCUCAGACCUUGGGGGAGGGGAAUUGAAGUCACCCCUCCCCUUACCCUAGGGACCCCUCCCCCACUUCCAUGGGGGGAGAAGGACAGCCCCUCUAAGCUUCCCCACACCCACGUUCAGCUGCCAAAGAAGGGAGCUCCCUUUCUUCCCCCUCACUCUAAGCCCACCCUCCCUUCUGCUACCCCCAAAUUCCCGGGGGGCUGCUCCGUCCAUGGGUGGGGGGGGCUCCCAGCCCUCUUCCCCCUCACCACGUCAGGGAUCUGCGGGUUAUCUUGUGGGAGGGUUGGGGGGAGGGGGGAGAAGGGGGUGAGGGAAUCCGUCCUCCCUCCCUCAAGUCCGUCGUCCGUUGUUCUCCCCCACCCCCGGGGACCCCGCGGUGUUCGUCUAUCAAGGGCUUGUUCAUUCCGGAUGGGCACCGCGGAAGGGGGCGGGGUCAGGGAGGGGGAGGGAGGGGAGAGAGACCCAGGGUGGGAUGGGAGGGGGGCGGGGGCGGGUCCGAGCGCGGGGGGAGGUGAUACAAAGAAAAAAAACAAAAACCCACAAAAAAAAAGCUCAAAUCAAACCCCGAAGAAUUGUCUUCCAAAGGGUGGGGGCGGGGGGUGGGGCGGGUGGGAGCAGGACGCCUGGGUUCCUUGGGGGGCGGGGGCGGGGGCAAGAAGGCAGCCGUGCGGUAAGAAGGCGGAUUCUGCCACUCUCGAGCUGUACGACCCCGGGCGAGCGACCCGACUUCUCCAGACCUCAGCCUCCCCUUGCGGCCAGGACGGGGUGGGGGGCUCGAGGCUCUCCACGGCCCGAGUCCGCUUCUUUCCACGCCCCUCUCCGGGACCGGGGUCGGGACCCAGGCGUCCGGGCCGAGGCCACUGCAGGGGAGGGGCCGGGGAGGUGGGAACAGACGGGGGUCGUCCCCUCCCUCUCCCCGAUUUUGCAAAGAAAUGGCUUUUUGUACCGGCUCAUUCUUUAUAAUUAAACUUACAGUAUCCACCCUC